UACAUGUUUGAAUUGGGACUGGACCCAGUGUUCGACCCUUUGGUGGAAGUUGCUGGAUGUAGAGUUGUUGACAGUUGUUUUAGUCAUAAUAAGUGUUUUUGGUUAAAAAUUAGAAACACAAGUUCUACAGAAAUGCAGUUAGUAUUUAUUCUUGUAGCCCUGAGGUUUGUGUGAACGAUAAAAACAGUGCUAAAGAAAUGUUAGCCUAGCAUUCAUUCACUUAGCCAGCUAGGACGGACAAGCUAACAAGCUAAAGCUAACAAGCGAGAGCUAUUGGGCGAGUGUCCAGUUAUAUAUAUUUGAGUGAAUGAUUUAGCUUUUAUUAACAUCAUGAUGCAUUCACGGUUGUGACGGAUGACUUCAUUCACCGCUUGACCCACGGCAGUUUUCAACACAACGAAACUUUCCAGGGAUGGAAUCCAUGCCCUGCCGGUUGUCAAGGUAGCUCCCCGGCUCUCACGCAUUCCAAUGAAAGGGCCCAGAACGCGUGCUGGUUGACCCCCAGAAGGCUCAAAAUCAUCUACCGUGGAGUGAUUCCGGCUAUAGUGAAAAAUGGACUCGAAUGGCAAACCUUCCACCAGCCAGAUUUUGAUCUUGGCCACCAGUUCAGCUCUCACUGCUCUCCUGUACUCUGUGUACAGGAAGAAGGCCAGCAACACUGCCAGAUUAAGAGAAGCCAAGAAAAUCUCAUUAGAUCAGGAUCUGCAGAGCAUCCUUGCUGAAGCUCCAGGCAAAUGUAUACCAUACGCUGUUAUAGAAGGUGUUGUUCACUCUGUUAAAGAAACCUUGAACAGUCAGUUUGUGGACAGCUGCCGAGGUGUGAUCGCCAGACUGACACUAAAGGAGAAGAAGAUGGUGUGGAAUCGAACCACUCAUAUCUGGAAUGACUAUGAGAAGGUCAUCCACCAGCGCACCAACACUGUACCCUUUGACCUCGCGUCACACGACGACACCGUCACAGCCACUGUGCGCAUAAUCCGCCCCCUGGACGCCGAGCUGGACCUGGAGAAAACGUACGAGAACUUCCACCCCGCCAGGAGCUCCUUCACCAGCAUCGUGGGCCACUUUCUGAGUGGCGAGCGUCCUCAGGGCGUGACCGAGAUGGAGGAGAUGCUGCGGCUGGGCACGAGCAUCACCGGUGUGGGAGAGCUAGUGUUGGACGGUGGAAUGGUGCGCCUGCAGCCACCCAAACAAGGAUUGCGCUACUUCCUGAGCAGCCUGGACUAUGACGCGCUGCUGGAGAGCCACAAGAGCAGCUCGAGGUUCUGGAAAGUUCUGACGGCGCUCAUGGGUCUGGCAGCGUGUGCUACGCUGGUGUAUGUGCUGUGGAGGCGCUACACCUGGCACAGGGAGAAGAGUAAGGAGCGUGAGGUGAUGGAGGAGUUUGAAGAGCAGAGGAGGAGGAGGACGACGAUGGACGGAGAAGAGGAGGCCAUGCAGGUCGGAGCUUGUGUCGUGUGUCUGAACCACCAGCGCUCGUGCGUUUUUCUCGAGUGUGGCCACGUGUGCGCGUGCUGGCAGUGUUACUGCGCGCUGCCUGUGCCAAAGAAGUGUCCCAUGUGCAGGGCUACAAUAGACCGAGUGGUGCCUCUGUAUAACAGCUAAUCCCCCUCUCUGAGGAGAAAACACUGAGGCUUCAGUUGUGUGAUUUUGUGUGAAAGUCUUCUAAUAUUCCGACAUGGUGGUAGCUGCUGUACUGAAUCUGGGUGAAAAUCUUUAUUUCAUCUUCUGUUUAAACACAACACCAAAUGUGACAUGCAAUCUACUUCAUAGGGGAGAGAGCUGAUGAUUAACAAAAAUAAAUAUAUUGCGAUAAAUAGUAGAGCAAAAUACCUCAAUAGUGAUUGUGGCAAAAAUCAGGAAAUAUUUAUGACCUUAGUUUCAUUUCACAUAAAUGGUUGUGAUGUUCUGGAUUAAUUAGCAGCAGGCAGUUCUGACUGGUUUCAGAAUAGUGUUAGAACAGACGCUCCUGCUCUCAGGGCUGCUCUGACUGGCUGCCGGCAGCCAGAGUGAGAGAAAGAAUGAGAGCGAGACAGAGAAUGAGAUGGAAGGAAAGAAAGAAAGAAAAUGAGUGAGGGAGCGAUUGAGAUGGAGAGAAUGAGUGAGAGAGAAAGAAUGAGAGACUGAAUGAGAGAAUGAAUGAGUGAGUGGGAGAAAAAGUGAGUGAGAGGGAGAAAGAGAGAGAAUGAGGGAGAAAGUGAGCGAGAGAUUGAGAUGGAGAGAAUGAGUGUGAGAAUUAAUUGAAUUUGAAUUUAAGUGGCUUUAUUGUACAACAACUGAGAUCAAAAAACAGAAUGAGAGGGAGAAAGAGAAGGUGAGUGAGAAAAUGAGAGCUUGAGAUGGAGAGUGUGGGAGAAUGAAAGAGAAUGAGUGAGAUAAUUAGUGAAAGAAUGAGAGAGCGAAUUAAUGAAAGAAUGAGAGAGAGAAUGAGUGAGAGGGAGAAAGAGAAGGUGAGAGAGAGAAUGAGUGUGAGAAUGAAAGAGUGAGAGGGAGAAAGAAUGAGAGAUUGAGAUGGAGUGAGUGUGAGAGAAUGAAAGAGAGAAUGAAAUUGAGAUAGUGAAAGUGAGUGAGAGAAUUCAUGAGUGAGAAAGAUUGAGAUGGAGAGAAUGAGUGAGAUAAUUAAUGAAAGAAUGAGAGAGAAUGAGUGAGAGGGAGAAAGAGAAGGUGAGUGAGAGAUUGAGAUGGAGAGAAUGAGUGCGAAUGAAAGAGAAUGAGAGAUAAUUAGUGAAAGAGUGGGAGAGAGUGAGUGGGAGAAUGAGAGCGAAUUAAUGAAAGAAUGAGUGAGAGGGAGAAAGAGAAGGUGAGAGAGAGAAUGAGUGUGAGAAUGAAAGAGUGAGAGGGAGAAAGAAUGAGAGAUUGAGAUGGAGAGUGUGAGAGAAUGAAAGAGAAUGAAAUUGAGAUAGUGAAAGUGAGUGAGAGAAUUCAUGAGUGAGAAAGAUUGAGAUGGAGAGAAUGAGUGAGAUAAUUAAUGAAAGAAUGAGUGAGAGGGAGAGUGAGAGAGAAUGAGACAUUGAGAUGGAGAGAGUGAGUGUGAGAAUGAAAGAGAGAAUGAGUGAGAUAAUUAGUGAAAGAGUGAGAGGGAGAAAGAGAAGGUGAGUGAGAGAUUGAGAGAAUGAGUGAGAAUGAAAGAGAAUGAGAGAUAAUUAGUGAAAGAGUGAGAGAGAAUGAGUGAGGGGGAGAAAGGUGAGAGAGAAUGAGAGAUUGAGAUGGAGUGUGAGAGAGAAUUAGUGAAAGAAUGAGUGAGGGGGGAAAGAGAGUGAGAUAGGGAAAGUGAAAGAUUUAGAGAGAGAGAGAAAGAAUGAGUGAAAGAGAGAGAGAGAGAGGAACAAUGACAUUUUCAGGCUGAUUCUCAUCAGCUCUUACCAAACUGGAAUAACAGCAGUCAGGCGUUCCACUCCAACAGCUCGUCCUUUAUACAGCAGAGAAAAGCCUGUGGACUGUUGUGCGUGAGUUCUGGCUGUGUGGAGACGUCGUGCUCUCGUGGAUCCUGGGGGAACUUUCAGAUUUGGCGGAUGUGUUCAUAGGUGAGCGGUUUGACAAAACAGGCUUUAGGCACAAUAAACAUGUAAAACCAAUAUCAAUAUUUUUUGUUCAAGGGCUUUAAAUUGAUGCUUGAAUUCAUUUCUUUAAAAAAAAAUUACUUUUCAUAAAAGGCUUCAAUAAAGUUUUCUUCUGAUGGAUCAUAAAAA